AUUUUUUUUAUAUUUCGACUGCAGCGAAGGCCUAUUACACACACAUGGGGUACCGUGGGGCUAUAGGGGGAUACAGGGCAAAGGGUGAACGCCACACGGACUCUGGCGAGAGAACACGUGUGCAUGCAACAUGCACACAUUCUGGCCCCGCCUACGAGAUCCGCCGGGUGGUAUAUCUGCGUUCGACAGUCAGAGACCGUCUACCACCUACGGACAAUCACAACAUCCAUAGCCAAGAGAAAAAGCGCACGGCGACUAAUUAGGAGACCAAAGAGUCUACUACUGCGGCCA